CUUCCUGUAGACAGCAAGUCCAUCCCUAACGGAGGAAAACAAAGAGGAAGGAAGAAUUUUACUAAGUGUUCUAAAUAACGCGUUCUGAAGAGCAAUCUCCACUUGCCGGUUCGUCCGCAACACCCAAGAGCUCCGUCAUAUAGGUGGGCUAGAAUAACGUCUUGUGCUUUAUGUCGCGUGUGUGCUGGGAUACUGUUGCGUCGAUCGUUGUGUAGAAGGGGAAACACGCUGUGGGGGCAAAAUAGAAGUGUUUUAACCCCGAACACCUAUGGCACGGAUGAUACCAUUGACGCUCAACGUUUUUGCAUGAAAGAGAAAUCAGUUCAAAGCGCUGAGCUUGGGAAGCGAACUCAACCUACGUUAAACUAUAUCACAAUACCAAGUGCUUUCAUGUAUUGGAAAAAUGAGGUCUUGGCCCCUCUACCAGAGGGAGAUCCGUUUUUAUCCGAAGGAAUUCCCGCAAAACAGGUAAUUUCUCCAGGAAUGCAGCAGAGUGCACCGGGUGCCUCGCGCUGUGUGGAAGCCGAACACGUCAUGUCUCACUCUGACGGGGAAUCCCACCGAUCGAACAUGGAGAAUGGGGAAUCCCACCGAUCGAACACGCGCUCCUCCCCGAGUCCCCCCUCUACUCCAUCUAUCUGCUCGCCUACCUCCACCGCCUCCUCGGUGCUGUCCACCCGGAAGAACGUGUGCGCGAGCUGCGGUUUGGAGAUCCUGGACAGAUACCUUCUCAAGGUGAAUAACUUGAUCUGGCACGUGAGGUGUCUGGAGUGUUCUGUCUGCCGGACGUCGUUGCGUCAACACAACAGCUGUUACAUCAAAAACAAAGAGAUCUUCUGUAAAAUGGAUUAUUUCAGUAGGUUCGGUACAAAGUGUGACCAGUGUGGACGCCAGAUAUAUUCCAGCGACUGGGUGCGUCGGGCCAAGGGCAAUACCUACCACUUGGCAUGCUUCGCCUGCUUCUCCUGCAAGAGGCAGCUGUCCACGGGGGAGGAGUUUGGCCUGGUGGAGGAGAAGGUGCUCUGCAGGAUCCACUAUGACACCAUGGUGGAGAACCUCAAACGGGCUGCCGAGAGUGGUAGUGGCAUCACUCUGGAGGGGGCAGUGCCGUCAGAGCAGGACAGCCAACCCAAGCCUGCCAAGAGAGCACGCACCUCCUUCACUGCUGAGCAGCUGCAGGUGAUGCAGACUCAGUUUGCGCAGGACAACAACCCUGAUGCACAGACCCUGCAGAAACUGGCAGACAUGACUGGUCUAAGCAGGAGAGUCAUACAGGUUUGGUUUCAAAACUGCAGAGCAAGACACAAAAAGCAUACCCCCCAGCACAGCGGACCCCCACAAGGCCACCCCCAGUCCCGGAUGCACCCCUCGCUGCCUGACGACCUGCAUUACUCCCCCUUUGGAAGUUCUGAGAGGGCGCGCAUGGUGGCCCUGCACGGAUACAUCGACAGCCACCCAUUCUCUGUCCUAGCGACACAAAACCUGAACCCCCAUCAAGCAAUGUCGCUGUCCCAGCUACCCCUCAGCCGCUAACUAACGGAUGCUGCCGCCAUCACCCCUGACCUCCCAUCAGCAACCUCCGUUUGCCGACUCGACCCCAGAGGUCAAAGAUGAAGACUUACGGAGAGGUUCAAGAUUCAAGAUGCCUGAGAGACCAAGGCAGAGAGAGACCGAGGCAGAGAGAGACCGAGGCAGAGAGAGACCGAGGCAGAGAGAGACCGAGGCAGAGAGAGACCGAGGCAGAGAGCGACCGAGGCAGAGACACAGACAGACGGAGAGAGAGAGAGAGAGAGAGAACUCUUUUUCUAUGAACAUGAUCAUGAUUAUAUAUUCCACCUAUUGUUGUCAUGGAGGACAUGAGCCCUUCCUUUUCCUAACUGAGACUUAUUCACUGUCAAGAUACAUUCAACUCGACUAUGAGCUCUCUGUGCGUGCAGAAAUGGUCUGAAAGGUCUCUUCUCUCCAUCCUCUGACGGGAGUGAUGGGACCAGACUAACAGGAAUACACCCUCAUGUGUGAUCAGAUUUACUCACAAGGAGAAAAAAACGGCAAGGGACACUGAGGUAAGAAACCUCCACUUUCACUCUGUGAUGAUACCAUGAAGGAAUGCAAAAUAACUGACAGUUUUAGGUGUGGAAUCUGCUACGAACUAAAAACGAAUGCGAAUUUUUAAAUCACAGUUGUUAGUAUUGAUGUUGUAUGAAAUCAUCAGGUAAUCAGCUGUUCAUUAAAGGGAAAUGUAAAAAAAAUAAAAUGAAACUUCAUAUUCAUCUUCUCCAGCACCAUCCCAACAUCAAUAUACAGUUGAAGUCUGAAGUUUACAAACUUAGGUUGGAGUCAUUAAAACUUGUUUUUCAACCACUCAACAAAUGUCUUCUUAACAAACUAUAUCCAACAAUUGUUUAGACAGACUAUUUCUGUUAUGAAUCACUGUUUCACAAUUGUAGUGGGUCAGAAGGUUACAUACACUAAGUUGACUGGCCGUUAAACAACUUGGAAAAUUCCAGAAAAUGUCAUAGCUUUAGAAGCUUCUGUUAGGCUAAUUGACAUCAUUUGAGUCAAUUGGAGGUGUACCUGUGGAUGUAUUUCAAGGCCUACCUUCAAACUCAGUGCCUCUUUGCUUGACAUCAUGGGAAAAUCAAAAGAAAUCAGCCAAGACCUCAGAAAAAUAAUUGUAGACCUCCACAAGUCUGGUUCAUCCUUGGGAGCAAUUUCCAAAUGCCUGAAGGUACCAUGUUCAUCUGUACAAACAAUAGUACGCAAUUAUAUGUUUGGAGGAAAAAUGGGGAGGCUUGCAAGCCGAAGAACACCAUCCCAACCGUGAAGCACAGGGGUGGCAGCAUCAAGUUGUGGGGGUGCUUUGCUGCAGGAGAGAUUGGUGCACUUCACAAAAUAGAUGGCAUCACGAGGCAGGAAAAUUAUGUGGAUAUAUUGAAGCAACAUCUCAAGACAUCAGUCAGGAAGUUAAAGCUUGGUCGCAAAUGGGUCUUCCAAAUGGGCAAUGACCCCAGGCAUACUUCCAAAGUUGUGACAAAAUGGCUUAAGGACAACAAAGUCAAGGUAUUGGAGUGGCCAUCACAAAGCCCUGACCUCAAUCCUAUAAACAAUUUGUGGGCAGAACUGAAAAAGCGUGUGCGAGCAAGGAGGCCUACAAGCCUGACUUGGUUACACCAGCUCUGUCAGGAGGAAUGGGCCAAAAUUCACCUUAUUCAACUUAUUGUGGCAAGCUUGUGGAAGGCUACCUGAAACGCUUGACCCAAGUUAAACAAUUUAAAGGCAAUGCUACCAAAUACUAAUUGAGUGUGUGUAAACUUCUGACUCACUGGGAAUGUGAUGAAAGAAAUAAAAACUGAAAGAAAUUAUUCUCUCUGCUAUUAUUCUGACAUUUCACAUUCUUAAUAUAAAGUGGUGAUCCUAACUGACCUAAGACAGGGAAUUUUUACUAGGAUUAAAUGUCAUGAAUUGUGAAAAACUGAGUUUAAAUGUAUUUGGCUCAGGUGUAUGUAAAACCUCCGACUUCAAUUGUAUGUGAAAAUUGCGCGUUUCUAUGUUUUGUAGUAAAAAAUGAGGAAUGUAGAGGAAGUGUUUCUAAUGACAUUAUCAACCAAUUAGUAGACGAUUAGUGGGCAAUGCCUACUCAUAAUUGGUUAAAAUUACACAAUGCACAGUGAUGAUGUCAUUGGUAUCACUUAUUUUCCUCUAUCUGUUUUUUUUACUACAAAACAUAGAAAUGUGCAAUUUUAUCAUGUGCUGGAGAUGAUGGAAUAUACAUUUUAAAUGUCCCUUUAAUACAUUGUCAUCAGCAGCCUUCUGUAAGGAUAUGAGCCUCAGAUGAGGAUAUAUUGAUUGUGUGCCUUAUCUUUUACAUGAUGAGAAAACCGUCAUUUGGUUGUUUUGAAUUAUCAAUCAUUUUCAGGCAGCUGAGGUAAAACACUCAAAUUCACAGAGAGAGAAAAAAAAACACAUUUAUUAGGAUGAUUUUUUUAUUACACCUUUUUUUUUGGAAAGGUGUAACUUUCAAUCUGUACUGGUGAAAAUAUUGAAAUAUGAUUUAUUUGGUGUGAUUUGAAUUUCCAAUGCUCUUGUGCAAAAACACAUUACAAUCUAUUGUUAUGGACAUUUCAAUCAUUUGAAGCUCCAAAUUGUAGUUGUCUAAAAUCAUGAUUUACUACUGUAACACCCGUGUGAAACUUUUGAAAUGGACAUAACUAUUUAAAAUGUUGAACAAUCACAUGGUGUAUGAGAGAGGUAGAUCUGCAACGUAUAAACAGAUACGUCUUCCCCCAGUGGUUAAGGACUAAAAGAACGCUACAUGUCACAUUACAUGUUUAAACAGCUGUUUUGUUAGCAAUUUAGUGUUUAUGUCUGUGCAGGAUCCAUGUCCGUCAGCUUUUAUCUUCUACAGUGGUCCAGCCUGUGUGCUUCACUUCUAUGGGUUGAAAUGGAGAUGUGGUACAAUGACAGUUAGUGGACUGGGGAUAUGAUAUGUAUAUAGACGUCUGUGGCUGGCCAGCCUGCCUGGCAGGGAAGAGGGAGGUUGUGUGAAACUGUAACUUUGUGUCUUGGCUGUGGAGUGGAGUCAGUGGAGGAAUAGGAUCCUGUGUUUACGAAGGGACUAAGGGAGACAAGACUUCAAUGUUCUUGUAUUUAUUGAGACAAUAGUCUGUAAGCACUUUUUUUUCUCAGAAAAUGUCAAAAUAGUAUUGUUUUAUUAAAAAUGAAACAAAGGUUUAUUUGAUUGACUGUGUUUUGUGUACUAAAUGCAAUAAAAUUGACUUUAAA